AUAUAAACUAGUUAAUAAGGGGGCUCACGAGUUUGAUUACUCUCAAAACGUUAUCUGCUAAUGAAGAACGGCGAAGAAUGUUCACCGCAAUCACCGGUCAAUAUGAUCACACAUCUUCCUGACGAUUUACUGUUGAAUUGCUUAGCUCGAGUUUCAAGAUUGUAUUACCCGAUCCUCUCCUUAGUUUCCAAGAAAUUUCGCUCUCUCAUUGCAUCGCUUGAGCUUUACCAGACCCGAACACUCUUAGGCCACAGCGAGAGUUGUCUUUAUGUGUACUUAGGUUUCAGUAACGAUUCUAAGUUAGACCCACGUUGGUUCACUCUAUGCAAAAGACCAACUCGAAACCCUAGCCCUAACCCUAACUUAGGAUGGUUCACUCCAUGCUUUGGACUACGUAGAAUCCUGACGAAGAGGUUGAGCAACAAUCUUAUGGUCCCAGUCCCAACUAGUAAUUUCUCUGCUGUGUAUUGGCCAUAUGGUGCAAUUGGCUCUAAUAUCUACACCAUUGUCGAAUACGUACAUGGUGAAUUAUCGUUUGAUAGGGUAUUUUACUUGGACUGUCGGUCUCACACCUGGCACGAAGCUCCAAUCAUGUGGAUGAUCAGAAGCAGCCCACUCAUUCGUGUUCUGGAUGGUAAACUGUAUGUACUGAACGGUUUUCCCUCGAAUUCGAUUGAGAUUUUCGAUCCAAAAACCCAAUUAUGGGAUUAUGUGAGAUGCCCUAUAGCAGAGAUACUAGGCACGAGGUCUAGUUUAAUCAGCUUCGCCAUAGACGGGGGGUUUUACCUGUAUGGGGAUAAAUGUAUGGUUUACAAGCCCAAGGAAAAUAAAUGGGAUGUCGUAGAGUACGAGACUGGUUUGGUUUGGGCUAGCUUUAGACUUUCUUGUGUGAUAAACAACGUAGUCUACAGUUCUAAACUAUCCAGAGUGCUUAAAUGGUACGACUCCGAGGGGAGAUUGUGGAGAUAUUUGAAGGGUUUGGAUAAACUUCCUAAACUACCAAAGAGUUUUAGUCGUCUCAGGUUGGUAAACUAUGGUGGAAAGAUUGCGGUUUUGUGGGAGAAGAGUGGUGGUGUUUCCUCUAGGGAGAAGAAGAUGAUUUGGUGUGCUGUGAUUGCGGUUGAAAGGCGCAGCGGACAAGAGAUUUAUGGGAAGAUUGAGUGGUGUGAAGUUGUGCUUACUGUCCCCAAGUCAUGUUGUUUAUUGGAGUUUUUUGCUGUUACGGUCUGAUGAAUAAAAAUCAUAUUAGUCGCUUGUUUCAUUUGGUUUUUGAAGAAGAUGAUGGAUUUUUUUUAUACUGCUUAAAAAUAUAAUGCAUAUGAAUACAUAUGGCGUUUCUUUUUUUUCUCUGUCUGAUGCUUCUUACUCUGUUCUAGCUUGUUUCUAUCUUUAUAUGUGCGUAAGUUUCACUUUUAUAAUUUUUUCAAAAAAAAAAAAGGUUUCACUUUUAUAAUGAACAUAAGCUACGUUGGUUCAUGCUAUAAAAUUCAGUAAAAUAGUUGAUUCUUUUAGAGUUAACUUUUUUUCUUUUGUUGUGGUAGACAUGGCAAUAAGUUUGGUAAAUAAUAGAUUUGGUUAAAUAAUAAAUUUUAAAAGUAUUUUUGAAUUUUUAUUUGAUUCUUUAAAAUUAAAAGAAUUAUAUAAAAGUGAACUUCAAACUCAUUGCACUAAAUUUUACCAUACUUUUUCUCUUGGUAAUUCUUCUGAUUUUAAUUUGAAUGAUUUUUAUUCUGAAUUGAGAAUGAUGCAAACGAGUUUUACUGAUGUAUAUAUAUAGGGAAAACUGUUUUUUUAGAGCAAAAAAAUGGUAACUAUGUCCCUUUAGACUAAUCUAUAUUUUGUGUCAUAUUUUCCUAUAACACCCUUUAAUAUUUUUGAAAAUAAAUUUAAUAAAUAGUUUUACAAACAAAAUUUUUUUGGAAAAAUAGUAACUUUUGAUAAAAUA